UUACCGAAAACAAAGCAGGCCUAGCCGGACCGGUUUCCACUGCUGCCUCCUUGGCGUUUCAGUCAGAUCCAUCUGAAAUGAACACCAUCUAGAUCUGGGCUGUUUUUCUAAAUUCUAUGUGUACCACAAUGUUGGCUCUGGUCAGGAAGGCUUGGGGUGGCCAACUGAUGACCCGCCUGACUACCAUGGAGGGCAGGUGCCCCUGCUCUAAGCAGUCCAAGAGGGCGGCGAGUCAGGGCAAGUACAAGAUCGUAAUGGUGCGGCAUGGGGAGUCAGAGUGGAACCAAAAGAACCUAUUCUGCGGCUGGUUCGACGCCAAGCUGAGCGAGAAGGGCCAGAUGGAGGCCUGUGCAGCAGGCGCCGCGCUCAAGGAGGCCAAGCUGGAGUUUGAUGUGGCCCACACCUCGCUGCUGUCCAGAGCCCAGCACACACUUUUGGCGGCCCUCAGGGUCGCCGGGCAUCGUCAGAUCCCAAUAUGCCGUACCUGGCGCCUCAACGAGCGUCACUACGGCGGGCUGACUGGCCUGAACAAGGCCGAGACCGCCAAGAAGUACGGAGAGGAGAAGGUUCAGAUCUGGCGUCGCAGCUUCGACACCCCGCCGCCACCCAUGGAAGAGGGCCACGAGUACUAUGCCUGCAUCAUCGAGGAUCCGCGCUACGAGGGCCACCUGGAGCCGGCAGAGUUCCCCAAAACGGAGUCGCUCAAGCUCACCAUCGACCGCACCCUGCCAUACUGGAACGAGGUGAUUGUGCCGCAGAUCAAGGAGGGCCAGCGCAUCCUGGUCUCCGCACACGGCAACAGCCUACGGGGAGUGGUCAAGCACCUGGAGUGUAUCUCCGACGAGGACAUCAUGGGCCUCAAUUUGCCCACGGGAAUACCUUUCGUUUACGAGCUGGACGAGAACCUCAAACCGUUGGACACCCUCAAGUUCCUCGGGGACCACGAGAUGGUCAAGAAGGCCGUGGAGUCGGUGGCCAACCAGGGCAAGGUCAAGUAGACCUGGCGAUAUUUCCCCGCCCGCGGAGGUCACUCCAAUCAAGCUCAAUGCACUUGUAUGCCAAACAAAAACGGCGGAUCGAGAGAGAGCGAGAAAGUGGCAGUGGUAGCCCAAGGCGAAUGUCAAGCAGCAAAUAAAUUUAUUUGAUUUUAA